CCCUCAGCCCCUCAUGACCCGGAGGGCUUUAUGACCCAGCUGUGGGCAUCCCGGAAGGGGAAGGGGCAGGGCCACUCUGCGCGCGCCGCGGCCUGGAGCAUUUGAAGCGCGCGCAGGCGCGAGUGGCGGCGGGGGGGCGGGGUCCUCGGGUCCCCGGCGGCUGCGUGUUCUGGGGGCUUCAGAGGAAGUACAAUGUCUCAGGAAGGCAGUUAUGGGAGGUGGACGAUAUCCAGUAGUGAUGAAAGCGAGGAGGAAAAGCCAAGACCGGACGAGCCGUCUACCUCUUUUCUCCCGCACGCUGAGCAGGGAGCAGCCACGGAGCCAAAGUACACCUGUUCCGAGGCUCGGAAAGCUGCCCACAGGAGGAAGAUCGCACCCGUGAAAUUCAGCAACGCAGACUCCGUUUCACAAGCUUCACCUCCCAAAAGGCAGAAGGGCGGUUCCCAGGAAGACCUGGGCUGGCAUCUGUCCAGCAGUGAGGAUGAGCUGCCACCAGAGACGCAGCAGCAGCGGGCUAAGGACACGGGGGUCAAAGAGGAGAAAGGCCUCCCUUCUCCCAGAGAUGGGGCUGUCCCGGGAGCUGGGCAUCACAGCCCCUCGGCCGGCCACGGGCUUGAAACGUCAGGGGAAGGCCAGGACAUCUGGGACAUGCUGGAUAAAGGGAACCCCUUCCAAUUUUACCUCACUAGAGUCACCGGAAUUAAGCCAAAGUAUAACUCGGGAGCCCUCCACAUCAGGGAUAUUUUAUCUCCUCUAUUUGGGACACUUGUUUCUUCAGCUCAGUUUAACUACUGCUUUGAUGUGGACUGGCUCGUAAAACAGUACCCACCAGAGUUCAGGAAGAAACCAAUCUUGCUCGUGCAUGGUGACAAACGCGAAGCAAAGGCUCACCUACAUGCCCAGGCAAAGCCUUAUGAAAACAUUGCCCUCUGCCAGGCAAAGUUGGAUAUUGCAUUUGGAACACACCACACGAAAAUGAUGCUACUGCUGUACGAAGAAGGCCUCCGGGUUGUCAUACACACCUCCAACCUCAUUCACGCUGACUGGCACCAGAAGACACAAGGAAUAUGGUUGAGCCCCUUGUACCCACGAAUAGCCCAUGGGACCCACAGAUCUGGAGAAUCAACCACACACUUUAAAGCCGACCUCAUCAGCUACCUGAUGGCUUAUAACGCCGCUCCCCUCCAGGAGUGGAUAGGUACCAUCCAGGAGCACGACCUCUCAGAAACAAAUGUUUACCUUAUUGGCUCAACCCCGGGACGCUUUCAAGGAAAUCAAAAAGAUAACUGGGGACAUUUUAGGCUUAGGAAGCUUCUGAAAGAGCAUGCCUCAUCCAUACCUAAAGCAGAGUCCUGGCCUAUAGUAGGUCAGUUCUCAAGCAUUGGCUCCGUGGGGGCCGAUGAAUCAAAAUGGUUGUGUUCUGAGUUUAAAGAGAGCUUGGUGACACCGGGCAAGGAAAGCAGGACCCCAGGAAGUACUGUUCCUCUUCAUCUGAUAUAUCCUUCAGUGGAAAACGUGCGAACCAGCUUAGAAGGAUAUCCAGCUGGGGGCUCUCUUCCCUAUGGCAUCCAGACGGCGGAGAAACAGAAUUGGCUCCAUUCCUAUUUUCACAAAUGGUCAGCCGACACGUCAGGCCGCAGCCAUGCCAUGCCACAUAUUAAGACAUAUAUGAGACCCUCUCCAGACUUCAGUCAACUUGCGUGGUUCCUUGUCACAAGCGCCAAUCUGUCCAAGGCCGCCUGGGGAGCGUUAGAGAAGAACGGCGCCCAGCUGAUGAUCCGCUCCUAUGAGCUCGGCGUCCUUUUCCUCCCAUCAGCAUUUGGCCUGGACAGUUUCAGAGUGAAACAGAAAUUCUUCUCAAGGAGCCAGGAGCCAACGGCCUCCUUUCCUGUGCCGUAUGACCUGCCUCCAGAACUGUAUGGAAGUAAAGGUUUGCUAGUUCACCCACUCUGAAUGAAGACAGAUGGUCACCUGGGUGAUGACUUGAGGUUUUACCAAAGCCUGAGCGGUGACUCACUCUUCAUUAGACUUGUCUAGCCCCAGCUCUGCUCCCUCCCACCAUGAGACCUUAGGCAAGUCAUGUGAUACCUCUGAAUCUUCAUUUUCUCAUCUGUUAUAUGGGCCUAAUAGCUAUCCUUCCUGCCUCGUGGGAUUGUUGUAAGAAUCAAAUGAAAUGGAGCUCCUAAGCACUGGUAAGAACUCCCUCAAUGUAAAUCGGAAUGAUUCUUGGUAAGUACCAAACUGGCAGUCUCUCCCUGGGGCAUUUAGAGAAUGGUAACUCAAGUGUAAAAAACAAAACCCAUGCCUUCUGAAAAAUUAGCUACUUGCCACAAAUAUUGCUCCUUCACCCACUACUAAAGGCAGGUUUUUCUGACAGACGGGGGUAGAUUGAAGAGUCCUGGAUGCAGCAAGGUGGCUAGUAGGCCUCUGGAUUCCAGAGGCGGGGGCUGUAUUUUCAAGGGAGUCUUUGUCCGCGGGCCCAGGCUCUCAAACGCGCCCUGAACAACUCUGCAGAGCUGACCCACGUACUUCCUGCCCUGAAAGCACGGAUCCACGUUGCCUCCUGCCUCUGGGAAAGAGGGGUCCUCCUGGAGGCUGAGUUGGGACUGAGGGUGGGGCUGGGAGUCCAUGUUCAUGUGAACCCCACAUGUGAGUUGACCCUUCGGCCCUGGGAGGAAGUCCAUUUUACAAAUGAAGAAACUGAGGCACAAAGAGAUCUGUGAGCUGCCUACAGUUGCCUUCUUAAAGACAGAGGGAGCUCCUGCUUCCUGAACGCCUCUGAUACCACAACAGCCUCAAGAAAUAGGCAUCUUUAGUUGUGCUUGGAUUGGCAGAAUCUUCCUUAAGAGAGAGAGGAAAGAACCGUGUGAUCUCAGUGAGCCACUUAACACGUCUCUGUAAACAACCUGGAAGGAAGCACUUGGGAAGAGCCCAGCCUAGCCCUGGUUCUGCUCUUCCAUUCCAUUCUUCUCUGGCAUUCCAUGACACACUUGGCAGUGGAUGACCUCUCCCCUGGGUCUCUAGUUCCUGUUCUUGGUGUGGCACCCAGCCCCUCCCCAAAGCAGAACUGGGUGGCCUUAAAAAUAAGUGCAGCUGUGGGGAGAGGGGAUUGAAUGCAUGAGGGAACUUUUAGGGGUGAUGGAAAUGUUCCUAGCAUGAUUGUGGCAUUGGUUACACUUUACAAAACCCCUUGAAUUAUACACCAAAUUGGUCAUUUUUAUUGAAUGUGAAUUAUAGCGCCAUAAAGCUGCUUUUUUAAAACUCACAGAAUGUACAAGCUCAGAUAUGUGCAUUGUAUGUAAAUUCUACAUAAGAAAAAAUCAGGAGCUGAACUCUAGUUACGUAUAUACUGAAGUAUUUAGGGGCAAGUGUACUGAUAUCUACAGUUUAUUUUGAAAUGCUUUAAGGUGUAUUAAAGGACGAGUAGAUACAUGAUAAAGUAUAGAAAAAUUUAAUUGUACAGUCUAGAUUGCGACUCUAAAAUUCUUUCGGCUUUGGUGUAUGUUGAAAAU